AUGGGUUCUCUAAUGCCUCCGGAGGAUGAAAUUCAGCUCGCGCAAACCACCGACAGCGCAAUCUGCGAGCUGGCAGCCCGUCACUUUCAAUUGGAGCUGUUUGAACUCGCUGUCAAACAAAACGUCAUUAUCUGUUUGGGAACUGGUACCGGGAAGACGCUUGUUUCCGCGUUGCUGAUAAAAGAACUCCUUCACCAAACGCGAGAGCGUCUGGAGAACGGAGGUCGUCGGAGCGUCUUCCUCGCGCCCACGGUCCCCCUGGUUCAACAACAAACCGCUUACCUCAAGCGCCAUCUCAACGCAAGCGUUGCCAGUUUCGUGGGGGCUAUGCGAGUCGAUGAUUGGACGGGUACUCAAUGGUGGCAGGAAUUCGAUCAACAUAACGUGCUUGUCAUGACGCCCACCAUUCUCAAUAAUAUCCUCAACGCAAACUUCGUUUCAAUGGCCAACAUAAAUCUUCUGAUCUUCGACGAAUGCCAUUGCGCCACCGGCAAGGAUCCGUACGUUCAGAUCAUGCAGAACCACUACAUGUCGACGCAUCCGACGAGCCGUCCGAGGAUCCUCGGCCUCACCGCAUCUGUUUUGAAUAAGAGAGUCAAAACAUCUGAAAUGAUGGAUAGAAUCGAGGAGCUCGAGUGUAAACUGGGAGCGAACUUGGUCACGGCGUUCAGCGCGGUGGACUACAUCACAAGACCUAGAGAAAUCAUUGUCAAGUACGCGCACAGGAACGAACGUUCUCUCGUGACCCCUCAUCCGAAGGCGACCGCCUGGGUCAAUGAAAUGCUAGCAGCGGUUGGACCUUUCGGCUGUCUGGAAGUCAUCCGGAGGAAGAUUCGUCAAUUGAACAACAUGAUCCUCAGUGAAAUCGCCGCGGAGCACAGGCUCAGGGAAGCCAAAGAGCUCCGACAGGCCUACGAGAUCGCCGAGAGAACCAUCUGCUCGUGGGGGGCGCCGCUGGAAGACGCCAGCGAGAAGGCUUGGAAGCUCAUGAACGUCCUCGAGGCAUUCAGGACCGUCGAAGAGGAACUCUGCGGCAUUGUGUUCACCGUUGAGAGAUCGACGGUUUUCGCUCUAUGCAGUUGGAUCAAGGAGAUGAUAAAAAAGUAUCCGGAGCGUUGGGGUUUCCUCCGAUGUGACUUUGUCAUAGGUCAGCAUGGGAUGACCCUCUACGGUCCCGAAUACAGCGAGAGCUUCCAAGUUCCGGACUCCGAUUCCAUCCGGCAUCAGGAGAGGGUGCUCCAAGACUUUCGCAAGCGGCAGUUGAAUCUUCUGAUCGCAACCUCUGUCAUAGAAGAAGGGGUGGACAUCCCUGCCUGUAAUCUUGUGCUGCGUUACGACCCCCCGAAGAACAUGCGGUCGUACGUACAGUCGCGAGGGAGGGCUCGCGGGAAUCCUUCGAUGUAUCUACUCUUCGCCGACGUCAAAGCAGCGCCGGUUAUCCAUCAAGAUAUUUUCCAAUUCAAAAACAUCGAAUUCCAGCUGUUGAGGUACUGUAACGCACACCACCGAACGCCGAUCGAAUCGUCUCAGAUGUUUCUCCAUCUCUACAAUAGAUCCCAUCUUUCUAAUAUCUAUUCGAAAGUUCAUCCGAACAACUGUCGAGCGAUGAUAACGCCUUUCGCGGCUCGUCAAAUUCUUCAGUGGUAUUGUGAUUCGCUGGGUUCGGAUCGAUACACGCUACAGAAACCAGACUACGUAUACGAAACAGCCGCGUCGCCAAGUAAGCUGGUCCGUUGCGGAAUCCAUCUGCCUCGUCAGAGCCCUCUGCAGAUGAUCGUGUACGGCGCCUGGGAGGAAUCCUCUCUGACAGCGAGGACAUCUGCUGCGAUCAAUGUUCUCAGCCGACUCUACUCGCUCGGAGAGCUGACGGAGCAUUUGCUGCCUCGCAAGAGGAAAGUUGCUCUGGAGGUCACGAUCGAUGAAGUGAGCGCCGAGGUGGCUCAGCUCUUCAGGACUGGGCCCGCAACACAGACUAAUUUAAUAUUAUGUCCGCGACGGAUGAGCUCUUCACUGCAGCCGACGUCGGUUCCGGAGUUACCCGUUGAUUUGAUCCUGUACAAAUUUUCCCUACGAAUCGACAAACUAAACGAUCCAGAUCAUCUAGACAGCAGAUACAUGGAUCCCGCCGAUGAGCCGAUAUGCAUGGGUUUGCUGGUUAAGAUAGCGCUGCCCGAAUGCGUUCCCGAGUUCCCCGUUUAUACGAGGGCGGGGACGGAAAUGGUUGCGGUCGACAAGUGUCGGAUGAUUACUUUGCAUGAAUCGCAGUAUAAGCUCUGUGCCGAGUUCAACAGAUAUCUAUUCGACGAAGUGCUGAGAAUACCGUCGAUGGUGUUCGAUGAGGAAACCAUACCCGUCAUCGUGCCAGUCCUGGAUAACAAUGUCCACUGGGACCUGAUGGAGUUGGCUGUCUCCGACGUUUCGGAAAUACCGCUCUCUGAGGACUCCGUUGUGAACAUCGAGGCCACUGAACUAGGGCCGAAUGUUCAUGAGAAACGAUGCUACGUGGAAAAAAUUUUCUCUAAAGACGACGGGAUCGUCCGGGUCGUGCCCAAGAGAGUUCAGAAAAGAUUAGAGAUGAUCUUCCCGCGCCACGAGGACCGCUUGGGCAACGUGUCGUUGCGAACUACUAAGCGAAAGCCAAGGAGCUUAGCUCCGCGACUGGCGUCUAAAUGCAAAGUCGAAAAAUUGUCGGCUCCUGUUUGGAACAAAGCAACCUCUGUCCCUUCGAUCAUCUAUCGUUUGAAUCGCCUCCUCGUCGCUGACGAGCUUCGUGUCGCGAUCGUUCGGGGCUCAGGACUCGGACGGCUCCGUCCACUCACGCCAUGGAAACCUCUCGAGAUGGAGCGGCAGGCUGGUCACCGACGCACACGACUGGAAAUGAAAAGCGAUAUCGUUCGCAGCAUGAAGUUCAAUGUACCGACAGACCUUGAAAACUGUGACGGACCGUCCCCGGCAGACAUCCUGAAAGCCUUGACCCCGCUGUACAUCACAGACAUUGUGGAUAGCGAGCGACUCGAAGUGAUCGGUGAUUCUUUCCUGAAGAUCGCUGUUACCCUCCAUUUCUAUCAGGAGCUCAUUUCCUCGAACGAGGGAGAGCUCACCACCAGACGAUGCCGCAUCAUCUCGAAUAUGAGUUUAUUGCAGCACGCCGUACCGAAAGGAAUACACGAAAUGGUAGAGUGCGUGAAAUUUCGAGUCCGUGUCAAUUUCGUUCCGCCCGGUGCGCAAGAGAGAGCCCUCCUAUCGGGUCGAUGUCUCAAGGCAGACGUCGCAGAGAUGUCCAGACGAUCUCAGUACUACAAGAGCAAGAUGUGCGCGGACUCCGUCGAGGCCCUCAUAGGCGUCUAUUUGGAGAAGUGCGGGCCCGUUGGUGCUCUCGAGUAUCUUCGAUGGUUGGACAUUCCUCUCGGUCGAUACAAUGAAGGCGAUUUCCUCGACCGUUUCGAGCUUCCCCUUCCCGAGCCUCUCCGAGAGGACAAGAAAGCAGACGUGGAGCGAUGGCGGAAAGAGAUCCUCACAGUGCAGGAAACGCUCGGCUACAUUUUUCAGAAUGAACUCCUCGUUCUCGAAGCCAUAACGCACAAAUCCUAUCGGUACAACCGCCUGACGCGGUCGUACGAGAGGCUGGAGUUCCUCGGCGAUGCAGUGAUUGAUUAUUUAAUUUCGAAAUAUAUUUACACGGCGGAUUCUGAUUUGAAUCCCGGCCAGUUGACCGAUGUUCGCGCUUCACUGGUGAGCAACAACACCUUCGCCGCGAUUAUAGUGGACAAUAAACUACACACGGUGAUGCAGCAUCACUCUCCCCUCCUGCUCAAGCUGACGAAUCGUUUCGUCGAGUACAGGGAAACCGAGAAGAGAAUCGACAUCUUGGCUCAUAUGAUGGGAGAAGAGGACGAAGACCUGGAAGAUCUUGAGCAAGUUGACAUCCCGAAGCCUCUCGGGGAUUUGAUGGAAAGUCUCAUGGGAGCUGUUUUUCUCGACAGCGGGAAGGAUCUAGACGUUGUGUGGGCUGUGUUGGUGAGAUUGAUGACGGAAGAGUUCAUGCGUGAUGCUGUCAUCAAUGUCAGAGUAAACCCCGUUCGUCAGCUCAGUGAAACGUACCCGGACUCCGUCGAGUUCACUGAGCCGAAAAUCAACGACGACGCAAGGACAACCAUGACGCUUACAGUCCAGGACAAGGUCUUCGAGGCUACCGCUCGGAACAAGAAAGUUGCGAAGGUUGUGCUGGCGAAGAAGGCCCUUAGAUAUUUCCAACGCGAGAAAGAGAAGCAAGAUCUGGUCGCAUCAUGGUAGCUCCAAUCGAGGACUUCUUGUACGUCUGAUCCAUCGGGCCCUAUUCGAGGGCCAAAAGUACAUAAAUCACCUACGGCAGCGGCUCUCCUGAUCGGAGCGAGAAGCAUUAUCCGGUGCCGGAUUUUGCCGGGAAUCCUUCAUCGCUCUGAUUCCUCCCUGGGUGCCAUUGCUCUUUGUUCAAUCGCUUCGUUAUCUCGUCAAUAAAGCAAGCAGGGUCUAGCUUGGG